AUGAACAAUCCACACAUUACAGCCUUCAAAUUCCCUAAUGAACUAGAGUUUCUAUAUAAAUGUUUUUAUUUAUCAAAGGAUACGGACCUGAAAAGACAGGCUAUCUCAAAAGUACGAUCAUAUCUAACGAAAAGUCCGAUUCCUCAUAGUAUUGAAAUAACUGCAUUGCUAAUGGAGGCAAUGCUAGAAGAUGAAACCCAGACAGGGGUAAAGCUAUUCAAGUAUGAAGAGAGAAAGACAUUUCUCACAUCGUCAAAUAACCCCACUGCCACUGAUUUGAAUAUUAGGCUUCAGUAUUCAAUGAUUAUGGUGAAGUUUGUAAAUGGGUUACUUGAUCCAUUCCAGCAAUCCAUGUUCAACAUUAGUCUGCAUAAAUUAGCUGUUGAAUUGAAGCUACCAAAUUACUUUGUUGAAUGCAGGCAUAUCUGUACACAUGAGAGGUUACCAAGUCUACAAAUGCUGAGGAUGAUUACACAACGUGCAUAUCAGUGGCUGAGGGUUGAGUACUGGGAAAACAUCCUUAAUAAAUACAAAAGUCUGGACCUAUUAGAAGUCAAUGAAACAAGGUGGAAUAUGAGCCUAAUGAACGUCAAGAGAACUCAUGAUUUAAAAACACUGCAGCAAAAAGAACAAAAUGGCGAUAUCUUUUCAAAAUACUCAUUAAAAGAAGUAGAGAAUCUCUUAAAGUCAAUAAGAAAGGAUCGGAAACGGGAGAUUCAAGAAAAAGUUAAGUUACAAAGCGUGGUGGAUGACACCAACAAACUCAAACAUUUGAUUGAUACUAAAAAUGCCAGUAACAUAAUUCAAAUUAUGAUAUUUCGAAAUGUUUUGUUACUGCAAACAGAAAAAAACCAUGACGUCAAUGAGAAACAGUUGGUAGGUAUGCGUAUGAUAUGGGGAACUAUAUUACAGAAUUUAGACGUUACAUUUGUGACGAAACUAUGGAUCGAACUUUUCAAACUAUCCACAUCUACAACUUUGGUGAACUAUGGCACAAAUUAUGUUGAAGAAUGCAUCAUUAAUAAUAAACCGAUAAAGUACCUCAAAAGCGAAGCUGAAAUACGGCAGUGUGAAAAUUGGAUUAAAUGGAUUUUGGAAAAUAUCACCUUUAUAGAUAAGUCCAACAUUGGUGAAAUUGUUCAGCUAUUGUUCACUCAAAGCAAUGCAAGUAGAAUCUGUGUUCCAAUACUGAAUAAUCAAUAUUCAGCCUUACUGACAGAAGUCAAUUGCCAAGAGAAAAUUGCGACUCUUGAGAAAACAAUACAAAGAUUUUGGACAAAUGAAACCAAUUUUAAAAAACGUACUUUGGAAGACGUUGAAUUAAACAUACUAGAUGAUGAGAACACAAAUAAGAGAACAAAGACUUCCAUCAAUCUCUUUGACAGCUAUUCAUCCUGGAGGCCGAUCCCAUUUGGAUGUCCUCCACCUAUUUAG